AGGUUGUUUUGUUCAACCCGCAUACCUGAGGUGAAAAAAGACAGGCUAGCCACGUUUGAGAAUGCUCGACACAUGGUGGUCAUGAGGAAAGGAAACUUUUAUGUUUUCGAUACCAUUACAACUGAUGGUAAGAAUCUAAACAAUUUUUUGUGUUGAAUUAAUUAAUAUUUACAUGAAGUUUUAACAUCGUGUGCUUUUUUUAUUGGUAAAGUCAUCUCACACCUAAUGGACACCUCGAUCUCUAAGAGGGAUGCCUCUCUAUCCAGAGUUGGGCCCUGCAGUUCUGCAGUCUUUUUGUUGGGUUCCUUAUAGCGCAGACACAUCCUAACUUAGUGCCUGUCCCAGCUAGAGAGAAUUUUCUGUUUACUUUAUACGGGUAGACACAAAAAAGUGUCAUGUGAACAGGUAAUCGGAUGAUCGAUCUUAGCGGUAUAAAUUUACCCUACCUACGCGUCCCUAUGCGUACCCCUAAGAAAAACUCCUGUACCGCCGUUGUACGUAAUUGUCGGAUUUACUCGAAAACAAUUCACUUGCCCGCAGUAGCAACUUGAGGCAAUUUUACGCUGUUUUGUGCCGCACCUUUCCACACGAUGACGGAUCGAUUUACCAACGAGCAAAAAUGUAUCUGGCUUAGCGGAACAUGGCUUUAAUAGUGGGUUACAGUGGAUGGAAGAAGGAUCUACUUUUGUCGCAGGCAAACCAUUUAACGGUUACUAUGGACAGUAGCCUCAUAAACAUUUCACAUCGCAUCGUAGAGUAAAGGGCUGCAAUGGACCAGUCCUGCAUAACUUCUUUGUAUGCAUAUUACCAAAGCGGAUCUACAAACCACCCUGAUUUCAGUGAUUCGUUUUGAAAACUGAUCCUAUUACUUUGUAAUAAGGCUAAAAAUUCGCCGUCCUUAUUAAAUCAUGAGUAAAAGGUGACAAAGCAACAUUCGAGCCCUAGUAGUAUGCAGGAUGUUUGCUGAAUCAACUACCUAGUUCAAAUGAGGCCUUAGCUCGCACAAGUCUACUAUGGCUAAGUGGUAGCAACCACUCUUGUUGGUAGAACUCAUUUUUUUUCCUCGGUCCCCUGCGUCAUUAACUGAAGAAACAUCAUUUCCUUACUAUUUUGUCUUCGUUUUAGGUGAUAUAGUGCCAACCGCUACCAUUUACCAGAAUUUGAAGCACAUUGUAGAAGACCCCUCCCCUCCCCCUAAGUUCCCAGUUGCGGCUCUGACUACUGAGAACCGUGACACGUGGGCAAACAUUCGACGUGCCCUGCAGGCGGAGCCUAGUAACGAGGAAGCGCUGCGUUUGAUUGACAGUGCUAUUUUUGUACUGUGUUUGGAUGAUCAUGGAGUGGAAAGUGUUGCAGAUGUAACAAGAACGUUUCUUCACGGCGAUGGAACAAACAGGUUAGAUAUGUCAUGAGUCGCCGAAAUUGUCAGCAUUGAAACUACAAUCAUUAUCUUGGUCAAAAUUAAAUGAACAAGCACCCCCGCCCCCCAUCCCCCGCCCCUCCCCAGCGAAAUCAAGCAUGAGACCGCGCGAAGGCAAAACGCGCUAUUUUCACAUCCAUGAUUCUAGGGAAGAGGCAGUUCUUAUAGUUUUCCGUUUAUGUUGUCGAAGACGGAAUAGGCACAGAAUACAAUUAUUGGAAAGGUAAGGCCAGAAGAAAAUAACUCAUCAUUCAUAACUCAUUUAUCGCUGAAUAAAUUAUACGAACUGUCAGCCUUCUUCUCUAUAGCUAAUCUCUUGAACAUCUUUCUUUUAAACAAUACAACACAGCGUCUUAUUCCAUUCGUUUUAACACAUUUCUCUAUUUGAAAUCGAUUUUUGAAAAAACUGUCCGUUUUAUUAGUCGGAUUAUUAUUUUGUUCCAGACUUGUUUACAGUAUGCUUGCCCCCUGUUUUUCCUUCUUCUUUUUCUUACAGAUGGUUCGAUAAAUCUUUCCAGCUGGUGGUUUGUAAGGACGGUAAGGCAGCUGUAAAUUUUGAGCAUGCGUGGGGAGACGGAGUUGCUGUGUUACGUUUCUUUAAUGAGGUAAAAAGUAAUUUUGAAAAUUUCAGUUACAGUGAAACCUGUACAUUUUAAGCGGACCACCGUAUUGAGGGUACUUAUUCGUCAGAGAGUCCCGCACUAUUUUUCUCAUAUUUUCUAUAAACAGACUUGUACUGUGUGAACAUUUCUAUUUGGCGGUCAGUAAGGAGGGCUCCUGUUUGUUCACUACGUACAGGUUGCACUGAUCUGUAUAAAACAGUGCUUUAAUUUAGCAGAAAGGGUAGUGGGGCUGAGGAACACUCAUAUUGAACCAUCAUUGAUCAGGACGUCGAAAAGGUAGUUUACAAGCGUGAUCAAGAAGUUGACAUUUUUACUCCAGAUAAUGACCAGAGCUGAUUUAAAACCGGAUCUUUAGAUCAUAGGUCCGCCGGCUUAAUCUUUCGGAAACAGCGCCGUUACCUUCCCUCCCACUCCAUUUCCUGGCUCCCUCCAUCACGGCCUCCCUUCCUCCCAGCUACUAUACCUCUCUCCCUUCUCCCUUCCCAUUCAUGGGCAGUGACUUUGAGGGGGAAACUGAAACCAAAGUUGUUUGUUUCAGGUCAUGGAGUGAUCACGAAUGUCAACAGCAAUUCGAAAAUUGAUCAUUUCGUCUAAGGACUGUGGGAAUUGAGCAUAUAGUCAACCAACAUGAAUGCCAUUAAUUUUUACAAUGUCUCGCCACUUAUGCUAUUGAAAAUACGGCUCGGAAAAUUUUAUUUCAGCCCAGGAAAUUUGAGGUUAAGAGUCGGCUCUGUCAAUAAGUUGGUCGAAUAGGAAACUGUUAAACGAGAAGGGGUUACAUUGACUGUCACACAGAUACACUUACCAGUUAUUAUUACGGAUCUCUUUUGUUGUAGGUUUACAAAGAUACGACCACACGUCCCUCCUGUACAGCGGCUAGUGCAAAGAACUUAAGCGCCGACCUGACGGUCAGAAAACUCGAAUUCACCUUUACACCUGAAACAGAAAGAGGGAUUUCUGCUGCUAAGGAGAAAUUUGAUAAUACAAUCAAGGAACUGGACAUUGCUGAAAUGCAAGUUUUCACUUACGGUAAAGAUUACAUCAAAAGAAAAAAGCUCAGUCCAGAUGCUAUCAUGCAGCUUGCAUUUCAGGUGAGAAACACUGAGUAAGCCCUGUAACCUAAAGAGGUUCUUACUUCCCGGGCACUAGACAGUGGGAGCAAAGACUCGGGACAAAAUUGGCCAAAAUUCAAAAUUUUGCCGCGUGCGUAUCAAGAAAGCAACAAAGUAAUUUUAGGACAGAAAUUCCGUUCAAUUUUUGGAUGAAAUUUUCCUGCAGGUUACCUAGUAAGUUCUGGUCAGGAAAGGGCUUAAUUAAAUGCGCUUUUAAAUGGCAGUUUCUUCCUUCUAAGAUUACGUUCUAUUGAUCGUAUUCCUGAAUAAGAAUACGCAGGAAUUUGAUACAAAACUCCGCUGCGCGUGAAUUUUGGACCGAUGGAGUGCUACUUUCACGUUAAUAUCUUUAAUAGUUCAACCAUAUUUGUCGCUGUUACGACGCAAUGAAUCCUAAAACAAGGUAUUUCUAGAACUGACUCCAUUUAUUCUUAUUCCGUAAUAUUGUCAAUCGAACACGGGUCAGCCACAGGUUCGGUUUAAAACGUCUUGUAAAUCUUUAUAUGGUGGCAUCAUCUCAGGUUUGAAGUGUGUUCUCUUGAAACCUGACAUUAACUUGUUGAAGUGUCUUCCCUUCAUACCAUUUAUUUGAACGAACUAUCCAGAUUUCUUUGUUACAAGUAGAAAUGCUGAAAUUGGUAAGUUAGACCGCUGAUAAACAAUGACUGCCUUAAGGUAUCGACCUUGAGAUACUAAGUACCAGAUAUCGCCAUUGCUUGAAGAGUGUGGUUUCGACUGAAGACACGCCUGGUGAAUUUCUUUUUAACAUGCCCUUUACACGCCGUCAUCAUCUUUGUGUUCAUCGUCGUCAUCAUCGUUAUCAUAGUCGUUGUCAUCAUACUCAUCCUCAUCUUCAGUUUUGGAAACAAAUAGCCAUUUUUUUUGCCAUUUGCGCAAACAGAUAUAGCUAAUAGAGGAGGUUUGGAAAAUAGAACACCUUGUAGAGUAUGUACUUCUAAAUCAUGUGCGAAAGACUCGACCUGUAGUAUGGCUUGCCAGAAUCUCUGUCCGAUUUUAACUUUUCAUUCCGUAGAUGGCGAUCUUUCGCCACAGUGGCAAGUUUGUUCCCACUUACGAGUCAUGCAGCACUGCGGCGUUCAAACACGGGCGCACAGAGACGAUCAGGCCAGCAAGUAACGCUACUGUAGCAUGCGCAGAGGCUUUCGAAAGGUCGCACCGCGCAGGCGUAGAAGAAAUGACGGACAGGAUCCGCCGAGCCGCGGACUGGCAUUCUAAAUUGACGAAAGAAGCAGCCAUGGGUAAGUCUAUCAAGUAACUAGUCGGUGUUAAACUUCAGGAAAUAAGUCAUCCACAAAGUUUAAAUGGGAAACCCUUCAACUACCAGUAAUAUAGAAAGGUGCUGCUUGCCUGAUUCGCUUUGCACGCUAACUGCAUAUCAUGUGGUAUUGAUCCUUUGUCUUGUUGGAAGUAUGAAGGGUGCAUAUAUGCGAAAAUACUCCCUUGACUGUCGCCAUAUGAUCCACUUUAAGGCCACAAAACCACGAAAGGAGUAGAAAAUGUAACACAGCUCCUCAGCCAUAGCAGGCGGCAAGUGCUUUGUUUUAAUGGUCAAUAAUCAGAACCACUCUGCAAGGCGUAACAAUUAUUGCCCUGGAAAAAUGCCGUUCAAUCUGUCUCCCUGUUUUUUGUUGAGCAACGUUUUUAUUUGUAUCUCCACCUUUUUGCAGGCCAAGGCUUCGAUCGUCAUCUCUUUUCCCUGCGCAUUCUGGCUGAGUCCAUUGGAAAAUUGCCUGAAAUCUUCCAAGAUCCAGCCUACAAACAGAUCAAUCACAACAUACUAUCCACCAGCACUCUCUCCUCCCCAGCUUUAAUGCUUGGUGGGUUCGGUCCCGUGGUUCGGGACGGGUUUGGAGUUGGUUACGGGAUCCAAGACGAUUGGUUGGGGUGUAACGUGACUAGUUACCCUCCUAAUACGGACGUGCGCGGGUUUUUAGAAUGCGUUCGGCGUAGUUUAGAAGAUAUUUAUAGUGUUCUUGAAGGCAAAAACUUUAAGCAAUGAAUUUGAGACGAUUCCCUACAUUAGCUUGCUGUUUCGUGGGUAUGGAACAGGAGCCAAACAAUCAUUUUCUUUCCACGUUCGUACCUUCCAAUUGUUACUCUUCCUGUUUCAGUCGCUGGAUGACUGUGCGGAAAUUCUAUUGUAGCUGCACGGGUGGUCCUUGCGCCCUCGUACUCUUGUUAAGCUCGCGCAUUUGAAUUUCCAGAAGGACUUUCUGAAGUACGGUUUUGUCUCCUAGUACCUUGGAAUGUUCAAAACUGCUGUUAAUGCCAACGAGCUUCAUGUUUAAUAAAAGAGCAGGAUACUGUUUCUUGGCAAAAGUUGUAUCUGAACUUUUUCCCUCUUGUCUUAACCCCUGUCUCCCCCUGUCAGUUAAGCAAGCCAGCGUACUAUUCUUUAUAUAGGCCAAAAAUCCAGUGUUAGAUCAAAGGCAUGCGCGCGACAUCUGAGAUCAAUGUUGAAGGUUCAAUACCUAUACACACUUUUGUGCUUUCCUAUGCGCAAGGAUAUAGAAAAAUUAUGCGCGCGCAUGUUGAUUAAAUAAAUGAAAUUUAAUAAGAACGUCGUCAUCUACUUAGAAUGCAAGCGUCUGUGACGUAAAGGUGACUUUCCGUAAGUUACAAAAGGGAUGACUUUUCAGUGCUCUGUAACAUAAGACUCCUUAAUGACCGCUCUUUUAAAGAUCAUCAUUUUCUGGCUUUUAAUUGCCUACUCUUUACAAGAAGAUGCUAAAAGCCCGAAGAGAAAAACAGAAACAUCUGAGCCUUCUUCCGGAUCGAAUAGCAUAAAGCAACUCACAGGCGACUUCGACCAUUACUUAACUGAAAGUCUAGCUAAACAGGCCAUUGGACUCAAAGAAAUGGAGGUAAGGCUUAUCCUUUCAGUCUUUGAUGAAGAUGUUUGUUUAACAACCUGCACAACAUUACAGUUUUCAUUCUCUUUAAUAACAUAUAACAGUUUGGCUUACAUGGUAUUGUGAUUAGAUACAGGUUACUACUAAUAAGUUUUCACCAGGGCCGGGUUGUUCGAAGCUGGGUUAAGGUAACCCCAGGGUUAGUGCGAAAUUUGAACUCAGAUAUGAGAGCUUAAGGGGCAAAUUUAGUUUAAUUCUUUUUGCCUAAAAUUUGAUGAUUGGAUACUCCGAAAAUAAUAGAGAAAAUUAUCCGAGGGAGUGCUUUGAUAAAAAGAAAACGAAACCUGGGUUAAAAUUUAACCCAGGGUUUGCGCUACAUUAAGCUAAACAAAUGUGUCAGUUCAUUUUAGGCUGACUUAGUUAAAAGGCUUUAUAAGGUAGAUGCAUAAUCAGAAAGUGACUAAGUUGGGACUGUGAAAAUUACUUUUUUUCCAGAAGUGACUACGAUGGGGUUUAUAAUAUGGCCACCAAAUAAACUCUAACGGGGUAGGGGUUCCGAGGGUCCAGCGACACAUACCCAGCAAAAAUUAACCCAAGUAACCCCCCUGCCAGGUUUCUGGCUAGACCUCAACUUUUCUUAUAAAAAGGCUCCUGAUCGUUUUAAAGCAACAGUACUUCAUUCAUCAAUUGUUUCACCGGAAUCCAGCGCUGUGACUGGAAAUGUUCUACUAAACGUGCAGGUUUUUGUGGCAUUUAAGAAUACUCCACAGGCAGUCUCUCCUAUCAGCUUUUGUUAAAUGCUGUUAUAAGGUUUUCGUUCAAAAUCAUAAUUCACUCAGUGCCAUUGAAAACUCUGAAGGGUGAAAUCAUGUCUUUAUCUCAUGGUUUAUGUUUGUGUUUUUUAGCGAUGGCUGGACCCAAAAGGUUUAAGAGUAUUAGAGGGAACAUACCUUGCUGGAAGGGAAAUCAUCAAAAAACUUGCCUCGGAUUUGACCAAGCGGCUAAAUGAUAAGAAAAAGGCAGUACAAAAAAUCACCACCAAAGUAUUUCAUGCUCUUAACACUGGAAAGGAAGCACCAAAAGGUAGGAAUACGGGGGAAGGAUGAUUCAUUCAAGGGCAAGGGAGAAAUUUCGAGGACGUGCGCUCUCACAACAAAAACUACGAACAGAAUAAACUCAACGGCGUCUGCAGGAUAAGUAGUCUUCAAUGGUAGUAGUCAACCUCAAUAGCUAAAUACCUUUCUUUAUUAUAUGAAUGAACAGUUAGUAGCUCACGAAGCUCAGAUCUGUGUCUAAUUAUUCACACUUUAAGACCGGCCCCGUCUGGGCGGCAAAUUUUUGAACAGACAAAUGUAUAACCUAUACAACCCGUUUACACUGUACCGUGCAAAUUCUUUUACAGAUUGCAACACUGUUUCUACGAGUCCGCGUAGCCAGCAGGCUCCAGGCCUUAAAAAAAAAACUCUUGCGUGGUUUAAGUGUUAAAACGAGUCCGCGGAAAAGUCGAACUGUGCUGACCAGAAGAUUUUACCAACUUCUAAAAUUGCACUCUUUGCUGGUCAAAAACUGGCAAGGUUCCAAGGGUGCUCAGUAAACGGCGAAAGGCUGAUCCGUGCAAGUUUUUGUCCGUUUAGAAAAUUUUUAAAAUAGUGUUAUGAAUUUACUUUUCCUUCAGAAUAUUACCAAUGUUGUGACUUACCAGACCGGUAUGAACUAACUUACGAUCCUCGCUUUAAGGACAAGAUCACCCACGAGAUAUUCUGUACAAUGAAAGCUCCUAAUCAUUUACAAAAACGUCAGUUAGACUUAAGAAAUGUGAGGACAGCAUUUGACAAAAACCUGAAGGAGGUAAGUUCAGUAAACCCGCCUUGCAACACCGUCUCGCUUAAUAUGGACAGUUUUGUCUGUCCUUUUAGACACGUUUAAUACAGAUAAAGGACACUUUUUCCAUUGGUAAUCUAUAGACAGAUUCUCAUAGGCAGUUAACCUCGCUUAUGCGCAUUCGACAAUCAUUUCUCUUCUGUGAUGUAAAGCCUUCGCGCUUUGUUGUUCAUAACCUUAACUAGACGAGAUAAGUCUUGACGUCAAUUGCGAACUAUUUUCCGCAACAAAUGACUGAGUUCUACCGAGCGCUUUACAGAUUGAGAAAUGUGUAAAUAAACCCGUUUUGACCCUAACUUUGCGUGUUUUCGAAGACUUAGUUCAAGGAAAAAUGGUAUUUGUAAUUAAGGGAAGCUUAUUUUGUUGACGCAUAUGUUCUUUUCUCUUUUUUGUUAUUUGACUCACCCACUUACUAAGGACCCCCCCGCCUGUUCAAUGCGGACGUUGUCUACGGUCUCCAGUUGGGGGUUGGACUGAAUUCUCGGCUCCUUUCUUUGCAGUUGUAACACUUUCCCUUCGGACUCCUGGAUAUAAAGUACAAUCCGGUUAUGGAACAGCAGUUGAAUUCUCGUUAUUUCGGGCAAAUGGACAAUUUCUUGACACUUCGAAUUCAUUAUUUUGUCUCUCCUUGUAACAGUCACACAGCGCCAUCUUUCAAUAUUCAGUAAAGUGUAUUUCACUUGUCCUCACCAUUAGCCUCUUCCGCGUUUUCUUUUGUUGCGCAUCGUCGGAAAUUACAAGUAAAACAAAUACAAGUAAACUUUUCUUAAGCUGAGUUGUUCGAAAGUUUAGCACAAAUGCAUGAUUAAUGACCAUGGCAAUUCAUUGCUCUGUUUGCGGUUAAUUCUGUAGGAUUAGAGCUAAACGGGCUUAGAGAAAAAGUUUUUCUAAAACAUAUGAUCUUGUCCUUAUAUCUAUAUUUUCUUCCCAAAGCCGCUUAUUACCUGAUCUCGGUCAUGAAGGAAUUUUGGCUAGAUAAUACUUUAGUGACCUUAAGAUACACCGUUUCUGCCUACGGGUAUGGGUAGACAAACAUGUUUGCCAAGUAGUUGUCUAAAAGGCAAUCAUGAUUUCCCAGAUGUGAUAAUGGCGUUACCGUUCUACGCGGUAGCCUAGCCGUUGGUUUCUCCCGGUAACAGGCAAUCUACCCCGUAUUUAAAGCUGCGCCUGUGGGUAAUUUUUACGUACCCGUACACGGAAACGGCGUAUCUUAAGGUCUCUAUUGCGAUCUUAGGGCGUACACCACCUGUUAUCUACUUGAUUACGGACACACUAACCGUACCUCUUAGUCUCAAGGUCCUGCAGCAGUAACUGGAGUUGAUUGUUUUUCGGUUACUUCCCUCAAAAGAAUGUAUUCCACUGCUGACAUGUUUUGUAUUGUGCUCUGCAGUCAUCUUUAAAGGUAAGGUGGCAGUAUUAUGGGUCAGCGGAAGGAGUUCUUGCCGGCUAUCCAGGUGCCAGUGUUUCUGACUGUGAUAGCUAUGACAACAGACUGAGACCUUGGUACGUUACCACAGCAACACCGUCACCUAAGAAUAUCAUAAUACUACUGGACUGUAGUACGUCAAUGGGUUUUAAUGGCAACUGGGAAGCUGCUAUACGUACCUCGGAAAUUGUACUGACCACACUUAACCCCGAAGAUAAGGUAACCUGGAUUUGAUUAACUAGAUAUACUAGAUAAACACACGAGGAGAACAGUGUCCCCUUUGCCUCCCCCUCACUUGGUUAAAUUGAUAAGACAUCACAAGAAACGUUUUCCUUCUUUGUUUCCAUGAAACCGUUGACUGCAAUGGUAGUGCUCGCUGCAUAUGUGUUAAUUUUUUCCAUAUUUUGACCUCACCCCUUCAAAGUAACGGAAAUACUAUUUUCUGGUCUUUUUUUUAGUUCGUUAAAAGCAAAACUUAAAAUUGCAAGCAGUCCCUUUUGGAAUAAAUGUCCCCUCCCAGUAUUUGACCGAGAAUUAUAGUUACAUCAUGUGCUGGUCAACUGUCAUACCAGACCAAGUUUCGUUCUGACAGCCACUGUAAAUGGAACCUAAUCCGCGAUUAUUUCAUUGAACUUUCAGGUAUCUGUCAUCCUUUUCAACGUUUCGACAUUUCUUCCUGGCGACCAAAACACAGAUGAUUGUUAUCACUCAACCAUGGCGUACGCUGGAACGUUUAACAUCAGAUACUUUAAGUCUUUCCUAAAAGGCGCACAACCAAAAGGUUAGAAAAAGCGAGGUAUACCAACUAUAUGCUUUUGUCUAAAUAGCCGCCUUCAAGCUUUUAGAUCUUUACUUGCUCUCAGGAGAACUUCAUAAUUUGUGAGGGGUGGUUGACUAUUUUAAGACAACGUUAUCACAAAUUAGUGAAUCUUAUUAAAGGUGGUGGGUCAUGGUAUUUUCAAUACAUUUUUAACUUCUAUUUUCGUUAAUUGCGAGCUUUCAACAACGAAAUUUAUGCGUGAAAGAAAAAACACCUUCAGUUCACAAAAUCGGCGAAACAUAACAAAUAUAUAGAGUUGAAAAUUUUUUAUGUGUUAAAAAGCGUGUCGAGCUCACCUUAUUGGAGUCCUGUUUUUCCCCCCUGUUUUUCCCUCUCAUGCCCCUUUUUGUCUUAUCUGUGUUUCUUUUGUGUUCCUCUUAAGUUUGAAGCAAUUCUGAUCGUUUGCAAAGUGCUGACUUAGCCUGAAAUAGCGUUAUCUUCCCUCCUUUGGGAAACUGAUUAACUUGUAUUUAAACUAAUCAACUUUAUCAUGUCUAACUAGGUGGCACUCGGUUCAUCAAGGCCUUCAAAAGAGCCUUUCAGAUUCUCAAACACACCUUUAACACUUCAUCGCAGUCGAUUGUCACCAGGCCCUCUAUGAUUCUUCUUCUCACGGACGGAGGUCGAAAGACAAGUCUAGUUGAAGAUGCCAUAGUGGAAGCUGUGAAAGAGGAAGUCGAGAUGUUUCGAGAUAAAUUUAAGAAAACCAGCUUCAAACUUAUGACACUGAGUUUUGGAGUCGAGAAGAAACACAAUGAAUUCUUGCAUAAGCUUACUUCCGCUACGGUGAGGGGAUGAGGUUGAAUUUAGACAGUCAGUUUACUGGUAUAUAAACUGAAUCCCUUCCAACGCCUAAGACAUUAACGUCCAAACCUUUUUCGGAGGACAUAUCAAAACUGACCGAUGGAGUAAAGUAUAGGUGUUUUAAAUAUCUACCAUGAAAAACCUUAGGUCUCUUCAGUUUCUUUUCAUAAUAGGAACUUUGUGGGGUGGGGGAGUGCAUGGGGUAUGUUGGUGUGUAUUCCUUUCUGUCUCUCCUCUCAGCUAUGACCAUCUCUAUUGAUUCCUCUAUAGGCUACUUCCGAGUUCCAAAAACCCCCCUCUCUUUCAAAAUGAGGACAAAUACACAACCUUUCUUGUGAAAAUGAGUUUUAUUUGCAUAAGAAUGAAAUACCAUUUCCAUAUCAAAGGCUGAGCACUAAACCUUGUUUUGAUACAGAGGCCCGGGGGAACUUGGAAAUGGCUUAUUCUCAGAGCUUUGCUUUUUAUAAGGCCUUCCAAGCAUACAUUUCAAGGAAGGAUUUAAGAUAACGGGGCCUCGUAACCAGGCAAAUUCUCUGCCAUUGUGGAUAAAGUUAUAGUUUCCUCUAUUUAUUUGUUUAUUAUACAAAUAAUACAAAUACAGUCACAUUGUUUGUUUCUUUUAACAGAAUGGAUUAUUCAUGUCGGCCCAUCGAAACUCGGACACUUAUUCCAAGUUGAAACCUUAUUUUGACUAUCUGACGAAAGUUACUCCAGCUAGCAACAAUGACGUUGUGUUCUGUCCGCCUUAUGUAGAUGCGUGGGGACUAGGUAAAAAUGCUUGACGUUUCUUUAACGACUGGAAGAAAAUUACAGUUGUACUCGGUGGACUGGUUCCUUCCACACUCGCUCAUUUCUUAAUAUCUUUACUGCGCGCUUAAUUUAUAAAUGGCAACAUAAUUUACCAAGCGUUUGAGCGCAUAAAGAAAAAAAACCCAUCACCUAAGGCUUCGGCCAAUUCAAAUCAGAUAUUUUAAUUUUGAUUUUAAAGUUGCGUUAGAUGUGAGGAGGUGUCAUUGACUAAUUGAUUCAGAAAGAAACAAUCCGAAGACACUCGAGUCAAUCACGGUAAACCAUAAACUUUAAAAAGUUUCAAGAGCCAAUAUAACUUACAUCGUUUAACUGACCAACUUAACACCAGCCAAAUUGAAUAUCAUCUUGUGAUAGUUAAGCGGCCGUUAGAUAACAUUCUCUGGCAAAUGACAGCACUGUAUGUAUCACUGUUCAUCCUUUCCAGACGUAUUAUUCCUCAGAUGAUUAUCCUGGAAAGACCUCUGAUAACCCCCACUCUUAACCUUUUUAAACGUUUGGACAAAUUCAUCUCCUCAUAAUUGGACAGCUAAUGGCACUUAAUGCCAAAAUAUUACAAGAAUUGGCAGUUCUUGGCGACUAAAGUUAGUUUGGUCUGGUUUGACCUUCGAUCAAGGUACUUACUGCGUAAAAUACCUUUCGUUACACUAGCAAAAAUAAAAAGUGAAAAAAUAAAAACCUGCAUUGAAAUAAAGAAACUUCUCAGUGGCCCUUCUUUGAACCUGCAUUUUCCCACAGGUUAUAUGAUAACAGCGGCCAGUGCUGUUUUGAAAGACAACAAGCUUCAAGGUGUAGUCGGAGUGGAUAUUCCCAUGACAGACCUGAUAUCCGAUGUCCAGUAUUUUUCGAAAGGCGCUGGCUCCAAGUCCUACGCAUUUCUGUUUCACACCAGAACUGGAAUAACACUGAGUCAUCCGAAAUUACCAACACCAGAGUCUAUCACUGAAGAUCCCAAUGCUGUGAAUAUACUGGAGCUUGAAGAAGGGAAAGAAUUCAAGGACCUGUUUGCGGAAGUUCAGGAGUCAGCGGCAGGGUAUGUCUCUGUUAAUCCAUUCAGUCCCAGAUUUAGAUCAAUAGAGAGAUGGUAAAUUUCAAAAAGAAGUAAGGCACUGAAUCGGUUGGGAACUGAAGCACAAAAAUGCCAGCCCUUUUUAGUUGCUCAGUGCGAAUCAAGUGAUUGUGGGUAGAGUUUUCCAACAUUAUAUCAAACCACAAUGAAGUGCGAUGUGACAAACGAAGAUUUUUCAUUUUAUCGCUACCUCACGAAACACUACUUCUCUCAGUGAGAGUCAAGUUUUUGUAGCCGUUAGUAAAGCUAGGAGGAAUUCAGGCACAAAGCUGAUCAACUAUGCAGGAUCGGUUAGCCAGAGUACCACUGCCACGGUGGUGAUUCCCCGUUCCUUUCUUCUGUUCAUAAUUGAGUGAGACGAAUGUUACAGCCUGUGUAUGAGGACGUGCUACAGAUGAGCGCGAUUUCUAUACCUUCCUUUUUAUUUUCAGUCAACCAUUACAAAAGAACAUAUUUGAGAAACAGCAUUACUUGCCAAGAGGAGGAUCAUUAGGAAAUGGUGUGAUGAAUGUGACAGUGGAUUUCACUUAUCAUUGUCAGCCCCUUGAGGUUGGAAUGAAGGAAUACACUGUGUGUAUUGCCAUGGAAAAAAAUGAUCACUCCUAUUUAUUUAAACACGAUGGAAUAGGUGGGUUUUUUCUUUUUACUAUUGAUCAUUUUACUAACAUACGUAACUUUUAAAGCUUUACACCUGCAUAACAGCAAUGGUAGUCAUUUAAGUGGUUAUCUACCCAAUUUCCAUACGUACCUGAAUAGUCCCUCGAUCAAAAUAGUCUUCACCAAACACUAAGUUGUAAACAGGUCUUCUUCUCGCUGAAAUUUGUAAGCAUCAUUGUUUACUUCUGAUGCAGUGGCGGAUCCAGGAGAGGGGCCCGGGGGGGUCGGGCCCUCCCCUUAUUAUUAGACCAAACUGAAGCCCGAAGGGCCGAAAAAGUUUUUUUUGGAGACCGGCCCCUCCCCCUUUUAUCUGAAGGUCUGGAUCCGCCACUGAGAUGUGACCUGCAAAGUUAUUUAUGACUAACCCUGAGCCUUUUUUUUAACUUUUAGACGAGUAAGAACGGAGACUGGAGUCACGUUUGCGACUAACUUCAAAUAAGCGCCCUUUAGCUGCCCUCUUCUAAUAAUGACCCUUUCACCGCUUCUCGUUCCCUUAAAACACAAUUUACAGAUGUUGAACAAGAACCAUUUAUCAGCAUCGUUGUAAAGAAAUUAUCUCAAAUAAUAUGAUUACUGCAGCUUGAAAAGGUUUUGUAAACAGACGCUGUUUCUACCACAUGAUAAGCUCCAGCCUUGUUGCUUAUGCUAAAGUAAAUAAAAAAGUCAUAAAUUCAAAGAAGCGCUAUUUUUCGACUUAACCCUCCUCAACCUCCAUUCCCUCAUACUGAAUUUAAAUAAGCGUCCGAGCAUUAAAUUGAAACCACAGAACCAUCAUUAUUGUAGGCCUUUCUCAACUGUUUGAGGAACAUCAUAUGUAAAGAGUGAAUUCAGCUGAAUCUAUUUAUUUUUUCACAGCUUUGGGUGCCUCUUCCCACCCAGUUACCUAUCACCGCAUGGAUGUGUUACCAGAAGCCAAGACCUGUUACCACACCGACACAUUGUCUUAUGCAGGUACGCCAGUAAAAGGGAAACUGUGGUGUUGGCUGGUCUCAAACUAGCAGGUUUGCUUGUGGGACAAUGCUAAGAAAAAUCAGAAUGAUAGCCUUUGAAAGGGCGAAAAAUAAUAUCGACCAGCGCUGUACUCUGAGCCACGCUGGGGUUACUUUACUUGUUCUCUUGCUUGCUUUUUGCUCUGUACUUCACCUGCUCUAAGUGGAAUACCUUGUCUUCUGGAAAAUGGGUAGUAAAAUGCCAACUAUAGUGUUGGCUGGUUUCUAACAGGCGGACUGCUUGUGCGAAACUUUCUCUCCUGUUUCACUUAGGAUAGUAGCCUUUAAAAAAGCGAAGAAUAAUAUCAGCUAGUUAGCAAUGUAUUCCGAGCCACGCUGAGGUUAAUUUGCUGUUCGCUCGCUUAAUUUGUGCCCUGUACCCCACAAAAAAGGGUUCUUUACGGAUUCAUUGAUACUUCAUUUUGGUUUGUUUGAGUGUUGGCAUUCGCCAUUUUAGAAACGAGAGGGAAACGCAGCCAAGUUAACUUUCGUAAAGACUUGUGCGACUGUUUCUAGGGACAGGAAAAAAUUGUCCAAUAGCUGACCGGCGCGUCCUCAGCAACCAUCCUACAAACAAUUGCGGGACGCAUUUCGGUUCCAGUUCCCUUCUCGUUUCUAAAAAGGCUAAUACAUGUCAUUAGAGGUUCGUUACUUCCUAAGUCCUUUAUCGUUAUACUGGAGUGAACUUACUUUUGACUUCUCUAGAUCGCUCCGUUAUUCAGUUGAGCGCUAAAGCAUUUAGGGAUCCUUCUGGCUAUUUUGAGGAAGAAGACAGUCCAAGUGCUGUGCGACGCUAUUCAAAGCAAUUAAUGAAAGGAAUACUAGGGCGUGAGAUACAAGAUAGCGUCUUAAAUGAAGAUAUUUCAAAGGUGUGUUUCUUUAACAGCCUGAUGAUGAUGGAUAAAUUUAAUUGAAUGGUGCGUACAAUAUACGAUGACAAUGAUCAUGACCCUCACGUAGAUGCUGACUCAUGAUCUGUUAGAAAUUUAAUCCGCAAGUUAUAAUUGAAAAACAAAACAAAGCAGUGAUAACUACAAAAGAAAAAGGAAUAAUUACUAAACAACCAAAUGCAACAGAAGAAGACGCGCCCCCUAUCGGUCUUCACAUGAAACACGCUACUUCAAAACCUUUGAUUUCUACUACCGACAUCAAUGCUACCACCACCACCACCUUCACGGCCUUUUUUGAAUCAUUUAAAACAUUUACUACAAUUGAAAAGACUUUACGAAGUUACGAACAUCGAAUAACAAUUAUUGGGUCACAUAAGGCUGGGUAUGAUAUGAAGAAUGAAGGAGAUCGAAAAGAAUGUUAAGCUCCGUGCAAACGGACGAAGCGUUGUUGGCCAACAACCCUAACAUUGUUUGGUGUUACAUUUUGUGUUCGUUUGCACGGAAUGCUGCACAUUGUUGUGUGAGCUGGAAGUGAGGUUGGAAGCGUAACAAUGUUGGAUCUGUUUGCAUAGCCCUUCCAACAUUGCUGGGGCUUCACAUGCGCAUUACACAUGGUCCCUUUGAACAUAAUUUGUGGUGUCACAGUAUUGCCGACAGGAUUCUGUUAGUUUUUCAAUGUUAUAGUACGAUGCACUGCAAGACCCAACAUUGAUGCGAGUUGUUGCAUCUGCCAAAACUACCCAACAACUCCCAAUCUUGGCAGGUCAACAAUGUUGAGAGUUGUAGCGUCCGUUUUCACGUAACCUUACAACACCAUACUAUAUGAUAUCAAUUCAAAAUUCAAUAAUUAUUUUAUUACUCAUUCAAACUCGUUCAUAACAUCCUGACCUCCUUUUAGAAUUCCCAUAUCUUGACAGUUUCAGGAUGCGAAAUUAUUUCACUGCUUCUACAUAACCACUUUCAACACUGCUUUACAAAGCUUUUUGCUCUGCAUGCAAACGAGGCUGCCAUAACGAGCUUACAGACAUUUUACAAUUUCUCCCCAGGUGGCAUUGUUCACUUCGCAUAUCGAAAACGCCGUGUGGGGAUCCGAAAACUACAAAUCAUUUACCACCAGACUUGUGCGUCGUUAUAUUGGAACCUACAGUGGCGUUCUGCGCAUUUUUCCGGGUGCACCGCUGCCUGCGAAUUUUGAUCAUGUGACGCGGCCAUGGUAAGACAACAUCAUUGAAAGUGCGCUCCCGCCAAAGCGGGAAAUAGUUAGAUUAUGUAAAAAGAGUUUUUAUAAACGUAAAGUAAUUUCGUGUCGUAAAGGUAACAAACAUUUAGGCUUAUGAUGUUUCACGGAUGAAAGCUUGAUAGGCAUUUAAAUUUUAUCACGACCACUCAAAUUUUCUGGUAAAUGAAAUUUGUCCACAUGCCUUAUCGUUACUCGUGGCCAUUGUCUUGCAUUGUUUCCCCUAUUCUUUUCAGACGGUGUUCUUGUGCUAAAUUUGUUAUGACGGCUACCUUUUGAAGGCCUCCAGAAAAUGUCAUUGGAUAUUUUAUAAUUGUACUAAAAGAUGGCUGUAAAAAGUCCUUUACCUGAUCUUAUCCCUUUUUUUUUCUUUUAGGUUCAUUACCGCAGCCGCGAACAAGGAUGUACUGACCCUAACACCACCCUACCUAGACCCCUUGGGAGCAGGAUUCAUCGUAUCAAUCAGUCAUUCCCUAAAAACAAAAUUUAAUAACAAACGUUCGUUAGAGAAGCUGUUCGGUGUUGUUGGAGGAGAUCUUGCCGUGUCAAGUCUCGGUGCAAUAUUGGCAAAGAAAAUAGGAACAAACUGCAAAAAUGCCGGGAUGAGAUGCUUCCUGAUGGACAAUAGUGGUUACAUUGUUUACCACCCCAACUUUGAAAAUGUCUUUAAUGACUCAAGCAAGGUACGGCCGAGACAAAGCCUCUAGAAAAAGUAGGAGGGUAGCAAGGGUGGUGAAGUUUUGAGUGCCUUCGCUUCCCACCAAAGUAUCGGUGUCAACGCCAUACAAAUUAUGUGGGUUGAGGUUGUUAUUGGUUCUGUCCUUUGCAUCGAGAGCUUUACUCCGGGUACUAAGGUUUUCCCCUAAUUAGACCCGGAAUGGUAGACGAAGAACCUCCGCAUGAACGUGCUACGUCUAAAUCAUUAUUUCUUAUAUGAUAUACAUUUAUUUGGUUGUUUUUUUCUUUAUCUAAUAAAAUUAUAUGGGCAUCGAAGCAGGGAAAAGAAUUGAAAUGUGUCCCUCAGACAUGGUAAAACCAUGCCCACCGACUAAGCAAUCUCAACUGUUUUAAUAAAUGUGUACAACGUGAGAAGAACAAUUGAGACCGAUCUGAAUUGCCUGGUAUCGAAUUCAUACCAGCCGACAAAAAUGAGGGACUGUUUCAUUGUCUGCUGAGUUUUGGUUCCGACUUGUUUGCUAUUCCCUCAGUGAUUGGCUGGCAUGACCAGGGCUCGAUUGUUCAAACGGUUCACCGCUGUCUAUCCACCAGAUGAAUCUCAUCCAGCGGAUUAGUAUUGGGGAAACCAAUUGCGCUAUCCAAUGGAUAGCGUUAUCCACUUUUUGAACAACUGCAGCAUAGGCGGCAGUACAGAGAAGCAUAAAACUAUGCCUUCUGUUUUCAUUUCGUAACGGUCUUUCGUUAGCAUUCAUCGUACAAUAAGUAUUUUUUUUAAUUUUAGAUUGUGAGCAAACACAUCACUGAGAUGGAUGGUGCCAUUGCACAGGAUCUGAUUAAGAACAAAGUUAUGAAGAGGCAGGCAUGCCAGAAUUUUAAUCUCUUAAAACUACAACGAUUUUACGAGGUACUGAACGUGUAGUAAAGAGAAAGCAAUAGGAUUGAGGUGUACGAGACAACAGUUAUUUGUAGCCAUGUACCACAGCUAUGUUAGUUGCGUAUGGCAUACAAUGUAUACGAAAGUGUUCCCGGCUAUACGCACGCCCGUACUACUUAUGCACGUAACUGGAAGUGAACCGAUGGACAUUUAUCCGUGUAGGGCUAUACAAAGGGCCUUUAAAUUCCAGCAAACAAUGAACAUGAUUUCAGCGUAUAAGUUUAAGAUUAACAGGGUGAUGUAUGAUUUACUUUUGCAUGUUGUGGAAUGAAAUCUUAAUUAUAAUCGAAUUCAUAUUCGAAUCUAUAUGUGGUAGUUGUAAUCCUGUGCCGUUUAUUCUGAAAAAUUAGAUUACUUUGGACGACGAAAGCUUCAAAGGCAAGACCACAAAGAAAGGUUGCGAGUCUUACGAAAUUGCCAAGCUACGAAAUACAAACGUUUUUGUAGUUCAGGUAGAAGCAGAAAUCUGCCUCACCAAUGUAAUGACUUGUCCUUGCGAUGAUAUCUGUAAGUCAACCAGCGACCAGUUUUGUGAGUGUCCUUGCAAAGGCCGCUUGAAGUAUGACAUCUGUAACGCCAACGUCACUGGUGAAAGGUUAGUAAAAAGACAAGUGAGGUGGUGUUGUAUUGGCGUCAACCGUUUUUAGUUAGUUGGCUUUUUUCUUGUUCUACUGGGAAAACGCGGUUUUGGCUGGUUUGUUUUAAUCCGCAACUUUUCUAGCUUGGAUGAAAUGGUUGGAAGUGAUCUUGAUGGGAAGCUUCCACUGAUCUUUUAACAGGCAUCGAUUUUAAAGUGUUAUGAUUACCUCACAACAGUGUACACUAUGGGGAUUAUCGCAGGGCAGCCUAUUCACCCGCCGGUGCCUUUUGUGAUUAACCGGGUCUUAGCUAGUGAUUGACGUCAGAAAUUAAGUAAGGAACUAUUCUUUUACUUUAGGCUAAGGUUGCGUUUUUCUAAUAGUCCCAUACAAGGAAAAACAAAAAGAAUUAAUUAACAUUUAACUGAAACUUUCUGUCCUGUUUAAAUAGGCCGGUCUCUUCAUGACGCUGGUCACCACAAUAUGUUUUCUUAUUACAUUCCCACCUUCUGUACGGUUGCAUUGCUUAUAUUGCUUGAAUCUUUUUCAGUGACCUCCCAGUUUGUGCGCCAGGAUCGCCACCCUUAAAUCCUCGUUGGCCCCUUUCAGCACACCCAGACGACAUAGGCGAAUGCAUCAGAAUCAGCUGUGCUCAGUACAAGUCCAAACAUGACUGUAAUGAAAUCUUUGGCUGCGUCUGGUGCCAUAAAAAGAUGACGGAUGGAUCACUUCUAGAGCAUCCCAGAUGUAAAAAGGAUAAAGAGUGUUUUGGUGGCGAAUUAGGACGGUCAAAUCCAUUUCUACUUCCGCUCAAACCGAGAAAGACGAAACAACAUUCUCGAUCGUUCAGACUUGUCGGUUUGGAGUUAAGCAUGACGACUCUUGUUGCUGCUGGUAGUGGUGUGGGAGGCGGUAUAUUAAUUAUUAUCAUCAUCAUCUGUUGUCUGUGUAAGAGAAAGAACAAAUGGAAUGUCGACUUAGAUGAUUUGGACAUGUUCGAGCCAGGUUGGUAUACGUGGUACUCGGGCGGAAAUUCAUCAUUUCCCUUCAAACAAUAUAUAAGGUCAUUCAAGAUUUAGCGUAGACUAAGUAGAAAUGACAGUUUUACAGACACCGACUUGAGGACGGCGUCUGCUUUAAUAAGGGGAAUUAUACCUAUGUACAUAAGAUCGAGCAUACUGAAGUUCGCCUUUACGACCCUAAAUCGUCCAAGGUCACAUGAGCACUCACCUCGACUUUGUAUUGGUAAUUUCAAUAAAUUUACUGCAUGUAAUAUCAGCUUCCGCUGACCUUAAAGCCACUUCUGUUUUUUUUUUUUUUAUGUCAUGGGAGGGGAAGUUGGUUAGGUAGUUACAGGUUUUUGCCUUUUUUUCUGAGCCCCCUAUAAGCGAGUUGAUCUUGAAUUUUUUUUAUUUAACUCAUUUAUUGUUGCAAAUGUUACAGAUCUUCCCAUGAUGGAUUACCCUGGACAAGUGCAGUCCACAAUGCACAUGGGUCAAAGGCAGUCCACAAUACACAUGGGACAGAGACAGUCCGCGAUGCACAUGGGACAGCGGCAAUCAGCAAUGCAUAUGGGGCAAAGACAGUCCACAAUUCACAUGGGACAGCGGCAAUCUAACAUGCAGAUGCGAUUGGCAGCCCCUGGUAAGCAUACUUUAUAGCGGAGCUCUCGCGCGCGAAGCGCGCCAGCGGAGCACCAUGGGUAAGAAAGUGAAGUAAUCUACCCAUCCGAGAAAAUUUGGUAAUCGCGUGACCGUACAACGCCCUCCCGAGAGAGCAUCCGUCCGCACCACAGGCCUACCAAUGUAAAAUAACUCAAUCAACAGGGUUUGGCAACCCAAAUCUAACUCGAGGUUAUUUUGGCGGGAAAUCGCAUAGCCACCCGCGUCUUGUAAAGCAGAGACAACACAAGAGUCGAUAAAGACCAAAACGGAAAGCGCUAAUUGUUUCUGCAUCCAUGUUGUCUAAAGUAUUAAGCUUAGAUGAAUUGUCAUGUCCACAAAUCUGGAAUAUAGAGCGAGAGAAAGACAGAGAAAAAGAGAAAGUGGGCGGCAGGCCAGCGAAGCUCAACGAGAAAAGGGCGACAGGGAUUUAGAGCGAGAAAUAAAAAACAAAGGAGACAUUUUUUUGUUGGAAGAAUAACAUGAAAAUUUUGUAGCGGCGGUGAAAAAAUGAGAAAUACUAGCGGCCACCAAUGGAAGGUGAAAAUGAGCGGCAGUGAAAAAAGGUGAACGGGAACACGUACGACAUUUCCUCCAUAAAACGUGUAAAAGACGUUUCUGAAAGUUUCACGUUUUAGUCGUGCAAAACAAAGGCAAAGAAAUGUACAAAAAAAGUGUGCUGCAAGUGCAAAGUUGCUUUUGCUAAUUAGACCUAUUGUUGUUUUUCACCUUUUUCCGGCGUUGCAUGCCUUAACCGCUUAGCACUACACGAUUUUAUAUUUUGUUUGAACAAACUGUAAAUAUCAUCGAGAGCUUCGCUUUUAGUCCUGGCUAAAUCUAUAUAUUAAUUAAAUCCACUCUGGUGGCUGCAGUGUCGGAGGGUAAUGCCCGAGAGUGAUAGAUUGUUAGACAAAUGAACAUUUGGCCGAAAAUUGAAGCUUUGCGCGCAACUGUGAGAUUGUGAAGACGAUCUUUCACCCGAAGGCAUUAUCUUUUCAUUCUAGCGUUUCGUUUGCCCGCUUAAGUAGGAUAAAAGUUAGAACUUGUUGUGAUUGUCUUCGCGGGCGCAUGCACAAGCACAUGGUAACAGCUUGAAUUUUUAACAUAUUUAAUUACAGUCUUCGUUUCCUUUAUCGAGUCCAACUUGCCCGCCCAGAGGCACGUAGAUGCAAGUAUCUAAGUUCUGUUUUGUAUAAUUCAGUUUCACGUAUAGCGCGACUAAGACUAAGAAAAGUACUAUAUAGUUAGUGCCAGCCAAGCGCACUGCAUGAAGUAGCCUUUUACAGGCGCUGAGAUAUAAUAGAGUGCGGUGUUCGGAUGGCCGGGAGCGAGAUACAUCGUACGCGGAGGAAACGAGGGGGAACAAACGAGGGGAGAAUUGAGUCUCUCCUUUUUUGCUUUUUUUUUUUUCGUCAAUUUUUCGACCGCGCUCUACUAUCUGAACGCCUGGAACAGGCUAUUUAUAAAGCGGUAUACGGGUAAAGGUCAGGAAACGUUAAUUAUCCCACGAUUGACUGCUUGUGACAUUGUGUUAUUAGGAACGCAGUACUCUCAGCAAGCAAUGUCCACCAUGUGGUGUAAAGCAUACGGACCAUCACAACUCAUGAACUUUGUUCCUCAAGUCAGUACCAUGCAAGCACCGGUUUCCACAGUCCGAACAGCUCCCCCCAACAAGGCCACACCCAACACCCCGAGGAGGGUGUCCCUCACUGCCGACAUCACGGAAAUGCCAACUGAAGAUUCUUCAAUCUCUUAUCCCGAUGACCAAGAGUUCUAA